AUGGCUGAGGGUCAUUCAUUUCUUGGUCUGGAAGGGCGUCAUGUCUUCAUUACAGGCGGAGCCGGAGGUAUUGGGGUAGCUGCCACGAAGGAAUUCCUUGCAAACGGCUGUUUCGUGACCGUGUUUGAUCGUAAAGACCCGGUAUUCGGCACGUGGAUGCUUCCCAGCGAACAGCAAGCAAAGGUCUUCUUCGUAGAGGGUGAUCAGACGUCGGAAGCAUCUGUCGACAAGGCGUUCAAGACCUCCACCAGCCAGUUUGGCCCUCCGUGUAUACUCAUUGCCAACGCUGGCGUUACUGACGAGAGCACACAUCCUCCAAUAUGGGACAUUGAUGCAGAGAAGUACGACAAGGUUCAUGCUGUGAAUGUGAGAGGGGCUUUCCUAAUGGUGAAGCACUUUCUCCGAACUGUCAAGCAGCACCAGGAGCUAGCUGGCAGAGAGCUUGAGAACGUGUCGGUUGUUAUCACUGGCUCCGAGACUGGCGUCUUUGGGCAAGAAGGGCACGUCGAAUACGCAGGAGGAAAAGCUGGCCUGCAAUACGGCUUCGUACGUACAGUGAAGAACGAAAUAGUGCGUUUGAAUUCUAGGGCCCGCAUCAAUGCUGUUGCUCCUGGUUGGGUCAAUACUUCUCUAAUCGGUGACAGGCUUGCCGAUCCUAAAGAGAUGUGGGCCGAAUGUCAGGCAACGGUGGCUCUGAAGAAGAUUGCAGAGCCAGAGGACGUUGCUCGAGCCAUGGCAUUCCUCGCCAGCCAUAGAGCAGCAGGUCACAUCUCUGGGGUUUGCCUGGAGGUCACCGGCGGUAUGGAAGGCCGAGUGGUCUGGCGAGAGGCUCAGGUUCUGGAUCGAGAGUCAGCCGAUACAAAGGCGUUCACAGUUCCUCAGUCCCUCGCACCACCGAAACGCCGCAGACGACUUCGUAUAUGCCUAUCUGUCGAUUUCGAUGCCAUAAGCGGCUAUCUCGGCACGGGACACGACCCAAGCAAUACUCUGGCAGACUACUCGGCAGGCCUCUUCAGUGCGAAUGUUGGAGUGGGACGGCUGCUGACUCUUUUCAAGAAGCACGGCAUCUCAGAUAAGCUGACCUGGUUCAUCCCAGGUCACAGCCUAGAGACCUUCCCAGACCAAGCCCGUGCUAUCGUUCAGAGCGGCUGUGAAGUUGGCCUGCACGGGUACAGCCACGAAGGAGCAUACGCUAUGACUGUAGAGCAAGAACGAGACGUGCUCGAAAAAUGCAUACAGCUCGUGACGAACCUGCAGGGCGGUAAGAGGCCUUUGGGAUACCGAGCUCCUCUGUACCAGAUUCGAGAAACCACGGUCCAGCUCCUGCAAGAAUACGAUUUCCUUUACGACACAAGUAUGAAUGCACACGAUUCAUUGCCAUACUUCCUGCACAAUCCAUUCCCUGGAGAUCCGCCUCACGUGCCUGACUACAAGGAGAAGGCCAGCACAUGGAUGAAGCCAACGCCCAUCCUUGCCCAACCAGUGCGUGGUACCACUGAGGCACACAAAGCCUUGGUCGAGGUUCCCGGAAGCUGGUACACUGAAGACAUGACUCCUUUGGGCUUCUACCCGUACCUGCCAUCCACCCAGGGCUAUGUCAGCGUUGACGUGGUCUCGAAGAUCUGGUGGGACCGCUUCGACUGGCUGUGGGAGAACGAGAGUUGGCUCGAUGAUGGUCCUGGCAAAGGUUACGGAAGCAUUUAUCCGAUGAUCUGGCAUCCGGAGAGUGCUGGAAGAGCUCAUAUUGUGGGUAUGAUUGAUUCGUUCAUUGCAAAGCUAGUGAGCAGGAUGGAUGCUGCAGAACCUGGAGAGAUCACUUUUGAGACGAUGGAAGCGGUGGCGUCCAGCUGGAAACAGGCGCCAGAUCCACAGAUAGCAUCAGCUUGA